GGUUAGUUGCUGGGGUAUUUGGAACAAUAGGAGGCGGUUCGGCUGGGGAUUGUGGAGCAGGAAAGAAAUGUCAUCAACUCCAAACACUUUAUCUCUUAGUUCAGUUAAGACUUGGUGAUA